AUGCCAGGCGUUUUGGUUCUAUUCUCUGUCGCCUUUCCCUUCUUCAGCGGCUCAGUGUGCAUCUACUCGGCCUCGGGGUCGCUCUGCCUGGCGUUUGGAUGGAUGGACACGCCUCCACUUCGCGCGGUUGCAUUCCUAGAUCCGCUGGAGUCCGCCGCUAUCUCGACGUCUGGCGCCUUCAGCGCUUCUCCUUUCGUCUGGACCCGUGCCCCUGGCGCCUCGCCCUCCUUCACCACGCCCGCUAUCUCCGCCGCGACUCCUCUCUUCUCUUCUCGCGGCGCCGAUGCCGAGGACGCGCGCGAGAUGAGUGCGAACGAGAUGAACGGGGAGUCGCCUGGUUCGCUGCAAGAGACUCCGCCGGCCUGUGUGGGCUUUCUCUUCGCCGCUCCCGUGUCUUCCGCGUCUCCGCCGAACGUAGAAUCUCUCGUCGGGAUCGCCAGUCUCGCCGCGCUCAGGCGCGCGCUGUUCGCCCCCGAGAGCGUGUCUGCGGGCGGCGGCGGAGGCGCAGGGCGCGACGACUGUGGCAAGAGACUUUUGGAGCCCGCCGACGCGAGCGAAGGCCCGCGGGUGCGACGCGGCGGGGAGGAAGAAAGGGCGGACGCGAGUCGCGCGGUAGAACGCGUCCUCCUGAAACUCAAUCGCGGGACGACGCACGCGAUCGCCCUCGUGCCUCGCAGCUGUGCGAGUGGCGCAGCGGCGUUGUCUAUGCACCUCGACUCCGAUGACGCGAUUAUCUUCGCCCCCGAGCUUCUCACAGAUCUGGCGGACGCUUCCUCCCUCGCGGCGUGCGCGCCCUCGGCGUCUCAGUUCCUCUUCGGCGACCGCGCCGCCUCUUCCUCCUGCAUGAUGUCGCCCGCCGCGCCGUCGCUCUCGCUGCGGCAGACGCGUCGCGGCGCCGCGGCAGCACGCGAGCGUCUCGCUGCUGCCGCGGCAGACUCUGCGCCUUCUUCUUCGCCCCUCGCAACUGCGGCGACUGGGGGUGUGCCCGCCGCGCCGCUCGCGGCGUCGCCGGCGUCUUCAGUUGCGUCUGCUCUCCUCGAAGUCGGCGUCUUAGCUGCAGGGAGAGACGCGGUGCUGACGCUGCAUGUCUACCCUGCCGCGGCGCUGUCUGCCGAGGCGGCGCGGGUUGGAGCGCGGGUGACGCGCCGCGGGGAGACGAGGACUCUGGCGCUGCGGACGCUCAGACCCACGCGGCUGCUCUCUGCGGCGGCGUCGUACGUCUCCCACGGCCUCUCCUCGCUCCUCGGCUCGCCUGCUCACGCCGCCGAGGAGACGCCGGCGCCCGCUUCCUCGCCCGUGCCUGGGAGUCGCACAGAGAACGGCAAGCCGCGGGCAGAAGGCGCCGACGGCGUCGACUCAGUUGGCGCUGUGAAUUUGCCGAGUCUCGCUGGGCAGGUCCUCGAUGAGCGGCGGCGCACGGGCCUCUCCCUCGCCGUUUGCCCCUGGAAUGCGAAGCUGGCGGCGAUCACAGACAACUGCGGGCGGGUCUCGCUGGUGCACACGUCGUCGCUAGAAAUUCUGCACAUGUGGAAGGGCUACCGCGAGGCGCAAGUCGCCUGGCUGCGGCGCGGCCGCGCCUCCUCGCCUGCGCGUCCCUCGCAGGCUCCGGAAGGCGGGCUCGUCUUCUACGCGCCGCGACGCAAUAGCGUGGAGCUGUGGAGCACGCCGAGUCUCGCCUUCACUCCGCACUCGCCGCGCCGCGUUGGCCUACUUUUCACCGACCCACCCGGCGCCGCCGCGCCGCUGCGGCUGGUGGCGAACGGCGGCAGGGUCCUUCUCGUGGACGCAGAGGGCAGGGUGGCGGCGCUCGGCUGGCCUUCGCCGCCAGAGGCCCUCGGGGCGACCCUCGCGGGUCUCUUCGAGGUUUCGCGCUGA